AUGGAAGGAACAACAGUCAUCGUCACCAGGACUUGGAGAGUCGCUACGAAAAGAUAUGUUCUUGCUGAGGGGGUGAGAAAAUUAUCGGGGAAAGGCUGCUUCCUAAGAUGCUCACCACUUUGGCUCCAAGCCCCAGCUCUCCUUUCCUCUGUAGUCACUGGAUCCCACUACCAGGAUCCUCUCCUAGAAAUUGCCAAAGCUGGAGAUCUCUACCUGCUUAGGAUACACAGAGGCCUAUUGUGGAUCCUUGAGAUCAGGACUGCUGCCCUCUCCCGCCUCCACGAGUCUUACACCUUUUUCUCAGUGUUUCCUCAAUCUGGCUGA